UUGACGUGAACGCUUCAGUUUCAGGAAUGCAGAAAGCCUCGACCAUUGCACAACCUGGACUCUGGAGAUGUUUCCUAAUAGGUACUCAUAGAAAUAAGUCUUAAGAAAUUUGCUGUAUUGUAUCAGUAUGAGACUUUAUCAUCUACAAGCAAUAUCUCGAAAAACAAAAUUUUCCAAGUAGUUUUUAGUAUUUUUCUAAGAAAAUCGCACAUGUAGCGGAAUAGCCUAUCUCAACCGACUCAACGUCUUCAACACUCAACAUAACAUAGGAACCUACCUAAGAAGUAGAUCAAGGAGGAUUUAUGGGUCUGCACAUCUGUUGAAGGAGCUUCUCUCACCUACCAGUCCUGCUGCAUGUCUCACCUGUUGCCACAAGAAAAUACCUCAAGUGACAUGCAGGGAAAUGGUGGCACUGAAGGCACACAGCAGAUGUUGCCAGCAGAGCAACAUCCUCCUGUGAAUGCCAGUCACAAUGGCAGAAUGUUUUUGGAUUAUUGUGCCACAUCUCAGGGCCUUCCAAUGGACUGUCCUCAGCAUAGUCAUGAUCCUCUUCCUGGAACCUCCAAUCAAGAUUUGGCUGAUGCUAAUAAUGAAUACUUGCCUCCUAAUGCAUCACCGAAUAGUACUGCUAAACAUCCAGGAUUUUGCAUUGUUUGUUGUUUAGAGCAAAGUGACUUGGUUAGUCACAUGGCAAAACACUCCAAAGAAGAAAUGAUUUCAGCAUUGAUGAAUAAAUCAAAGUUGUCAACAUCAAUGGCUGGAACAGGACUACUGCAUUGCUUAAACCAACCUCACAUAAGUGUUGACUUUGCACAACAAGCAAGAUAUUCUCAAGUAUCCCAGUCUUCUGAGAUGAGUUUGAAUAAUGAAUCUGGUAUGCAGCAAGCUUCUGUUACAGCAGCAGCUGCAGCUGCCGCACUACUUCAUUUAGGUGGUAACUCUGGACAAAGAAUGUCUGGUGCUGGUCUAUCUUCAGGGCUUGUAUCCAACACAGCUACUUUCUCUGAUACAGAAGUCACUGUUAAGAGCACAACACAUAACCAGCCACCACCAGACUACCACCAGCACCACACUCGAGUAUCAACUCAAGUUGCUCUUUGCAACCAAGCCGAGACUUCACUGACAGCUGGAGGUAUUUCACAUCCUCAUUUUAAUUGCAUAUCUGAAACCAUGUUCCAACCUAAAUCCUUGAGCUCUCCUCAAGUUCUUGUGCAGGACUCAAACUCUGUAUCUCAAGCAUCAAUAAAUGAUGGCAUUGCUGUUCCUAGUAUGGAUCAACAGUACAACCCAGGCAAUCUCCUAACAAUGGCAUCUCAGGUGCCAUUGCUGAUGAUGCAGAACAACAUGGCCCUAACCUAUCAAUCUCAGGACCUACAACCCAACAGCAAUGAAUUGAACAAUUCCAUUCAGCUUCAACAAAAUUCACCCUUCCAGCCUAGCAUGGUCUUACCAAGCCCACGGUAUCGGCUGUUGCCAUCACAGUCUCAGCCCCAUCCUAGUGUACCUCUGAUUUCUCGUCCCUCUUUUCCUGUAAACUACAUUGUCCUCAAUAACAAUGGUAAUGCUAUUCUGUCUCCAAUGCCGACCACUGUCCAGAUCAACGGAAACUAUUUAAUGAACAGCAAUGGAAGUAUUAUGCCUGGAACUUUAUCCAACAUCCAAAUGGCAUCUUUUAAUCAAGUUGCUGGAGUAACAUCAUUUGUUGGUCAAGGACUUCCAUUACAAACUCAGUUUUUGAAAACAAAUGAUCCCCAACCAAGUAUUUCAGUCUCCCCGUGCUUUAUGACACAGCUUGAUGCUGCAACUCCUUUAUUGAAAUCGCAUUUUCCACCACCCACCAAUCAAGUCAAUGUUUCUGGAGAUACACCUGCUCCUCUGCAAGACAGCAAGUUGAACCUUGGUCUUCUGGCUGGGAAUAAUGGAAUUACAACCUCUGAUACACCUAUAAUGAGUGAUGGAUCUUCUGCGUCUGUUGCAUCGUUGUCAAGCUGUAAGAAUUCAUUGACCACUGUGCGCGUGGGUAGUAAUAUCACAAUAUCUCUUCCUGAGGGUAUGGCAGACAAAAAGGAACGGCUGCAGCAAAUUAUCAAUGAAGAGUUGGUGCGUGGCAUCUUGUUGAAUGAUUCACAUGAUGUUACAGUUGAUACUUUGAAUAAGCAAAUUAAUAGAAAUAAUAUUGCACAAAAUAAACCAAGGGACAGUGCUGAACUGGAGUCAGGUGAACCAUGUGGCAGAUUGAAGGAUGACAAAACCAAGAUUGAGUAUUUCGGUGACAUGUCUAAUGCUGUGAGUGACGUUGUUAUUAAUCCUAAUGAAGCUGCAGAUGAUUCCGAGGCAUCUCGUAGCAAAAGCUUUCAGUUACAUGCACUCAGCACAUCUAAUAGCUGUAUUAAGCCACAAAACCCCUCUGGUAAACUUAUUUGUCAUGCUUCGGGUCAAUCUUCCUGUCCAGCAGUACAAGUUAUGUCUUCAACACAUGGACAAGAGUUACCUGCACGGCCAUCUGAUAACAUUUUCCUUGUCAAUACUUCGCCACCUGCUCUGCCUCAACAAACCUCCACUGACACCCUUGCCUCACUCAGCACUGACUGCCAUCUGGCACACAAAGAUUCCACCAUUCUUUCCCAAGAUGCGAACGACGGUCAGCUGGAUCCUUUGUGUGUACAAGACAAAGAAACGUCUAAUGCAAGAAUAAACAAAGAAAAUUUUGCUACAAGUUUUUCCAAUUUCUUGAAGAAAGACAACACCAAAGAACUUACUGACAGUCCGAGGAAGCGUCUCAGUGACUCUCCCUUUGCCAGCAGCAGCUCAUCCUUCAGAGUCCUCAGCCUUGCCGAUGUCGAGGAUCCGGGCUUAUUUGACCUGAAAAUUAAGGUCAAACAGGACGAUCUAGGCGGCUUGGAUGAAGAUCGUGUGUUGUUCUCACCCUCUUCAUCAGCAAGCAACAACAACAGCAGCAGCAGUGCAGGGCUGCGUGCUGAAGAAGACUUGUCUUUGAGGACGGCGGAGACUCUUGCAGACAGUGACAGUGAACAUGAUCGGGCCAUUUCACGGACCUCAUCCGGCGGGGGGAGUGGCGGGGGCAGCCGUGGCAGCUUCUGUCCUGACGAUACGCGCUCCUUCCCUGACCCAACCAGCGUCCUACAGCUUACUAUGGAUGCUUCAGACAGCCUUGCUACGUCCGAGGUGCUCCUUACAAAUCUGAGCAGUGAAGAUAACAGCUCAUCCACUAACGUCGCCUCAUCCACUGCCUCUCCUGCCUCUCAAACCCACAUCAGCUCCCCCAACUCCAUCACCUCAACUAGACGAAGGUCUCGCUGCCGCCGCUCCACCACCUCUUCUAUUGCCUCGACCUUUGUUGCUUCCUCCUCAGCCUCUCCCUCGUCCUCCGAGUCUGACUCUUUGUUCUCAAUAGACUCGCCUGUCGAUUUGCGCUACGUCCAAAACAAUGGACUCCAGGAGGACAAGAUUCAGCCUAACGGUGAUACUAUCAACAAUGUUAAUGUCAACACACAGCCUAACAAUAAUACCCUUAAGGAUAUUCAAAACAACACGCAAUCUAACAGCGAUACCAUCAACAAUAAUCGCGAAUCAGGAUAUGCUUGCUCGUCUUGGCAGGAUACUUUUUCCACUCCAGCAAGACGAAGAAGGCACGAUCCAUCAAAGCAACACAAGAUAACACAGGACAACAUCCAUCCAACUCACCACAGCAACACCCAGGCAACCCACCACAGCAGCACCAAGACCCCUGAGGCACGUGCUCCCAUGUCACCCGCUAAAAGGAACUUGCUCAUGGAAGACUUCGAUUUAAGGCUGCCUGAGCUUUCUUCCCCUGAAUCUUCCUUGUUAUCUCCCGCCUCUUUACCUGGUUUGUUGUCCCCCACUCCGCGAUCUUCCUUCUUAUCUUCAACUACUCAGCCCUCAGUGUUAUCCCCUACGCCAAGACCUUCUUUGUUAUCCACUACUUCCCGACCAUCGUUGUUAUCUCAUACAACCCGAUAUGAGCAACCCUCCUUGUUAUCCCCUACUUCCCGGCCUUCCCUGCUAUCCCCCACGCCACGAUCAUCCUUGUUAUCCCCUACUUCCAGACACUCUUUAUUACCUUCUUCUCGAUCAUCGUUUUUCCACUCGCCUGCGUCCCCCACGAACUACAGCUCCCGAGAGGUCGAAAGUAACGAGGUGGCUGCAGCUGGGGCUGUCUUACUCAACCUUGACUCUUGUACGGUUAUGCCUCACAGCCACAACCUGGUGCCGUGGCUCCCCUGUUCUCCACAGCAGCACCAGCAACAUCAUCACUUCCAGCAUCCUGGCGUUGUUAUUCAAUCAUCCACUACGAAUUCUGGCGAGUCAAACUCAUCCAUGUGCUUCUCGACGUCGGACAUCCUGCGCAACAUUUCCUCGUAUUUGUCGCCCAAGCGUGUUGGUGCGGACACGCCUGGGUUCGACGAAGGAUCAGCAGGCCUUGGCUGCUUAGAGACUUCACUGAACCUUGCCUCCUACGACAACGAAAUGGCGGUGUUGUCGCCCGCGAAGUCACCAUCCAAGAUGGCGGGUUUCAAAGCAGCGCAUCGUAUCCUGACCUCCCCUCAGCCUUCGACUUCAGGCCUGGGCAAGCGAGGGUUGGGUGCCCUUGUCCAGGACCAGGACUAUGAGUUCGAUUACGACUCUGAUGGGUAUGCAGACAGCGACAGCGAGCUCGCUGCCCUCACCAGGUCCUCGCUUCCCCUCGAACAGUGGAAGUGUCACGAGUGCAACAAGACCUUCAAGAGUCUCAAGGAAAAACUUCUGCAUGCCGGCAAGCACUCCCCCAGCUGUGGAGGGCCUGACGCUGCCGGGAUGCCGCCUUUUGUUGAGAACCCUCCUGACGCUGCCAACUUCACAGAUGACUGUCAAGAUACGUCUGCCAAAUGUCUCCAAGUUGGCCAUGAAGACGUCAAGCCCUUGGUGAAAAUGGAGCUGCCGCUUUACGGCUCUUCAGAUGCCCAGAGCGCUGUCUUCGAGCAGCAGCUACUGAUGCAGCAGAAGCUGAGCCUGCAGAUGCUGGAGGCUUGCAGGACGGAGAGCCGCGAUUUCAAGUGUCCCGAGUGCUUCCUGCUAUUCUCGAGCGCUGAUGAACUGCUGAAUCAUCGUAAAAAAGUUCUCGGCUCCAAGAACUUCUGUCCUCUAUGCCACGAGGAGUUCAGCAGCUGGUGGCAGAAGAGCAACCAUAUUAAGACGUCGCACAUCUCCCAACACUUCACCUGCUCCUUCUGCUACGUCACCUACAAAAGCCUCAGCAACUGGCGACGUCACCAGCUCGUCCAUCUUGGCCUGGUGCCGUUCGAGUGCAAGCGUUGCGGCAAACGCUUCACUCGGCGGUACGAGCUUUUGCAACACGAGCGCGUGCACACGGGAGAGAAGCCCUACACGUGCCCUCAGUGCGCCAAGACCUUCGCUAAUGAGAGUAACUUGAGACGUCACCUCUUCACGCACUCCCAGGACCAGCAGACCAGCUGCAAGGUCUGCAACAAGUCAUACAAGAAUGCUAGGUCGCUUAUGAAGCACAAGCUUGUGGUCCACUCCGUUGCUGGAAAACCGGCCAAAAUACAGAGGGAUUUUAUUUGCUCCUACGAAAACUGCGGAAUGAUUUUCCCUUCUGUGAAAAAGCUGUCGUGGCAUCAGGAGACACACCAGCGAUGGCCCAAACGCUGUGACUUUUGUCAGGAAAGAUUCGUGCACCAAAGUAAUUUGGUGAAACACAUCCGCCAGAAGCACGACCCUCAGUAUAUGCAGGAUAAGGAGGGCAAUAAGACUUGUCCCGUAUGUUUCAAGGUCUUCCUGAAGACAUCUUUACCUCUACACAUGAGGAUACACUCUGGUGUCAAGCCUUACAAGUGUUAUAUGUGCAACAAAAAGUUCAGGGUGAAGUGCAAUCUAGAUACGCAUAUGUUCAUACACUCGGGCAAGCGCGACCGGCCAUUUAAAUGCAAUUUAUGCGUGCGCAGUUUCUGCAGAGAUAAGGAUUUAGAUGCUCAUGUGCGCAGCCACAAAAACAUACGUCCUUUUAUCUGCAACGAGUGCGGAAAAUCUUUCAUCCAUAAGAAUAACCUGACGGCGCAUAUGGCGCAACAUUCGGGGCAGAAGGAACACAAAUGCGCUUAUUGUGGCAAAACUUUCUUCCGUAAAUACAACUUAAUUAACCACGAACGAGUGCAUACCGGAGAGACUCCGUAUUCUUGCCCCAUCUGUGGUAAAACGUUCACUCAGAAGAGCAAUUAUAAUGUACAUAGGAAGUCCUUCCACGUCGAUAGACAUGCUGUGCAUGAAGAAAUAUAAAUAUAUGCCGUGAACAUAUCUUCAUCGAUGGUGUCCAUCUCUAUAAUUUUUAUACGUGUACAUUUUCAUUAUGUAAUACGGAUAGAAAUGUAAACGCGAAUAAGCAGUGCAAUUUUCUCAUAACUAAUGUUAAAUCUUCUUGGCUUCUCAGUUAUUUCUUGAAUACAUGGUUUUUUAUAUCGUUUUCCCUGACCUGAUUUGAUGUAUAAAUCGUUGUAAUUGUUUAGGUGGCGAGCAGUAUUGUAGCUCAGGCGAGACGCUUGGAACUGGCAUGCUGCCUCAUUGGUGCUGUACUAUCAUUAAAUGUCAUGAAUAAUAACCUGUGUCCAUGACUGCAAUAUUUUCGUGAAAGAAUAUCAUUAUGACGUGGUUGACUAUUUGCGUUUAAGGCUGUAUCGUUUUCAUCAAUGUGUCCAUGCCCGCGCACUUUGUCAUCAAACUCGUCAUGAGGUUCAAGGAAGUUUAUAUUGCAGCCGAUAUACGGUCUCGAGAAUCAUGCCUUUCUUCUAACUCGCGGAAUAAUCCCUUUACACGAAUUGUAAAAUGUAGCGGAUGCAAUCGGCUUUGAUGGAAAGCGCGGAAUUAGUUGUUGACUGCAAAACUGGUAUAAUCGUAGUCAUGCUUGACCGUGAGAGCCUGAGGGUAGCAGAUGAUGCCAGUGAGUUUGGGCUGAUGUUUUCUUAAGCUUUAGCUGAGACAAGCCGUGAUAUCCGUGUUCUGUCGCAGGGGUUCGCAAACUGGGAAUAAAUUACCCUAGUGGUUGUUGAUUGAUUUUCCGGUAGCGGUGUAAGGUUGGAAUGUAUCUCCUGUUUUCUAAUUCAGCGCUAUGGAUAAAUAAUUAUGACACGACUUGUUUAGAAGCUGAUAUGUUAAUUGUGGCAUGUUAAAUUAAUUGGGUGUUGAGGGAAAAUGUUCGGGUAUCAUUAGAUUAUUGAAUUUGGGUGGAAAUAUUGUAGAAUUUUUAGCAGAUAAGGAAUUUAGGCGGCCGCGACAAAUUGUGUGCAGUUGUGAGCUCGAGCAUUGUUGUUUUUGUCUAGUGUUACUACACGCAAAUUAUGCAUAAGUUCAACUUUUUUACAUUGAAUACUUGUUUGACGAUACAAGGAGCAGACAUUAAUGUUUAUGAGAGCAUGUAUGCACAGUGUGUAAGUUGACGGUACUCACAGCCAACUCAUGCCAAAAGAAUUCUCUUGUUUUUCAAUGAAUUUCGCAUAUUCUCGGGAUGUGUUUUCGUUGAUGAAGCGUACAAAUGUCUUGAAAAAGGUGAACUUGAGUAGACUAUUAUCAGGGUUAAUUUUUAACGGUUGCUCAAAUGCGUCUCUGGUUAAUCUCUAAACAAAUUCAUUUCUUUCAUAGCAUUUGUGAAGCUCAGAAACUGUUGUUAUAAUAUUUACGU